CUGAUUUCUAUUUAUUGGAUGAUCAGAAGAAAAUGAAUUUGGCAUCGAGGGAACAGAAGAAAAAAGGUAGUAAAAAGAGUUCAACAACCGGAGUUGUUCAUGGUGAUUCGAUUGAAUUUAUGAACACUUAUGUUUGGCCUAGAAGUAUGAAAUCAUCCAGAAACGAACCGUUGUAUCUUUUUUGCGAUUCAUUAGAGGAUAAAUUCUUCUUAAUAAAUUUGAGUAUCAUGGAAAAAAGAUUACCAUUUUCGAGUCAAGUCUCGAACGAAGAAGAUGUGGUAGAUGAUUCGAUAACCAUAAGAUUAUCAUCCGAAGAUGUGAGUUAUCUCAUCGUAGAAAAACAUAGUUGGUUUUACAGGCCAACCGAAUCAAGAACACUUAUAUCAAUUUCAACGUCUGGUAGCAAAUCGAGAGUAUUGGAAUUAGAAUCAGGAAGACAUCUUUUGCGUAUUUAUUGUCGAUCUGAGUCACAUUGUUUCGUAUCGAUCUCAUCUAACACGAUCUUUCACGUAGGUGAUCGUUUUAAAAUACAUCGUUUAAUGAUCACGGAAUCGGAUAGAAUUGAUUUUCUUGUCAAACAAAUUAGCAAUUCUAUUUCUACAGCUUUUUCCAGUUUUGGUAAUAUAAAUUAUGUGAAAAACUUGAUGGCAUUUUAUCGAAGUUAUAUGCCAGAUUUAACGAACUUAACCGAAAGACGUGAUCGUGCUUUUUACAAACAAAUACACGAUUAUUUCAUAGAAGAAUUAUUGGAAUCGAUAAAAAUGAUUUUUCAAUCGGAAGACAUUCCCGAAAUGUUAUCAUCCUUGAGAAUAUUUUUUUUAGAUCCUAUGAUUGGUUACGAACGUCACAAAACUCCGUCGAUCAUUUUGAAUGCAUUCCGAGAAAUCAACGACGACAACGACGACGACAACGACAACGAGUCGAUUAUAUUUAAAGAAAAUUAUUACUCGAGUGAAUCGAUCGAUGGCGAAAUGGCGACACGGAUCGAUUAUAAUCAAGCGGCAACGGUGAUUCAAUCAUUUUUUAAGAUGGUCAUAGUUAAACGUUAUAAACAACGACACAAUAUCAAUCACAAGGAUCAUUCGAAGAUCUUAACGGGUCUAUUAAAGAUCGCUAAACUUUUUGAUUAUUCUAAUGGCGAGUCGUUAGCUUCUAGUUUGAUUCGAAAGGUCAUAGAAAAAAAUCAACGAUUUAACGAAGCUUAUCCUUGCUCUGAAGACUUUCAAUACGUAUUAAAGAUUCAAGAGUGCAAAGGACAUUUGUUAAAUGUUAAACCCAAUCAGUGGAUUCCAAUAACCAGACUAAUCGUAAAUGCAAAAGAAAAUGAAACGAUCUUUGGAACGAUACAACUUUUUACCAACUUGUCGUGUCACAAUUUGCGAUUAUUCGAGAAUGAAACCGGUCGAGAAAUGUGGAGAAUCGUUAACAACGUUGCACCGUCUAAUUAUCAUUAUACAACUUGUGGUUACACGUUAUUCGCUUAUGGAUGGUGUGAUAAUCCAAAAUUAAGAGACGUGGAAUGGAUUAUUCAUUUUGUUACCAUCAAAGGAAAAUCAAUGUUUUAUCAAUUAACUGACAAGGAACCAAUAUCAUUGAACACGAAAAUACCUAAUUUAAUUAUCGAAGAAACAUUUAAUACUUAUAUACCUAACUCAAUGAAUCUAAUUUCUAAAUGGAUCGUCAAUAUCGUUAAAGAUAGUGUCUUAUCAUUAAGAUUAAUGACCUCUUACGAAUUGGUUCAAAUGAAAAUUAGAAUAGUUGAUAAUAAAGAAAACGUUUUGUUAGAAAUCGAAGGUAGAUCGAUUUUGUGUAUUCCAGUUGUAUAUUUGAAAUUAGAAGAUUCACAAACUGUUUAUUACAUCGAAGCAUUUGUUCUUGAUAAUAGUUGGCCGUUAACUGAUGCUGAAUGGUCAGUGGUAUUGGAGAAAAAGACAAAAAGGGAAAACUUACCGGUUCGUAAUAAAUCUAGUAUUAGUUCGUCUAUCAGAUUAAUAAAGAGAUCUGAAACAACAAGAACGAGACGUAGUUCAAAACAUCAAAAUGAUCAACAUUUGGAUCCACCUUUUUGGACAUUGCAAGCUGUCAUCGAUGCUGACAGUGGUGUAGAGAUUAUUCAAGACAAAAGAAGAGAAGAGGAGAUAGCAUCAUUGAAAGAAUCCUGGUCAAAGGACGAUCCUGAACGACCUAAACGUUGCAAACAACUCAGAGAAACUUUUUUAAACGCCCACGCUUUACCUCCUUCAACAACUUCUUUGAAUAAUUUAAAUAACAAAAUUUCUGUUAAAACGAACGAACGUAUGGAAAAACACAAAGUUCGAAAUUCAUCGAAGAUUUGUCGAUCAUCUUCUUCAACGGAAAAUUUUGCCAUUAGGUCUUUGAAAGAACCUAAAUAUCGCAGUUUUCAUUUACCAAAAUUAGAUUUGAGUAAAUACGAAAAAAUUGAAGAAAAUGGAAAGGAACGUCGAACGAGAACCAAAUCAGAAGAAGAAUUGUUGAACGAUCGACUAUACGCUGAUAUUCUUGAAUUUAAUCAUUCACACGAUCAUUUUAUUCAACGAUUAAACGAUUGGUCGUUAAAACAAAUAACAAAAUAUAAACAAUUGUGGAACAUUUACGAAGAAAAUAGUACACAAAGAAAAGCUCAAUUAGAGGAAGCUUACGAGAUGCGUCAAGAUUAUAUUUCUAAUGUUAAAUCGAUUGAUACUUCGAUAAAAGUGAAAGGCGGAAAGAAAAGUGUAAAAAGAUAA